CCUUUACGACUGCAGACCGGACAAACCCCGGCCGCUCCCGGAUAGUGGUGUAGUGGAAAGCGAUAGAACCUCCCAGCCCCGGGGCCUCACACGUCACCGCAUUCUCCCCCGAGUCCGUCGACAGCGACUGCCCGGUCGCCGGAGAAAAAUGACGUCCACCCUGGCCACCACCGCCACCUGCCGCCCUCUCCGCCUUCCAGCCUCCCUCCCCUCGCCGCCUCCUGUGGCCCGCCCUGGCGGCGGCCGCCGCCGCGGCGCGGUCCUGCGCUGCGCCUCGGUGUCCGAGAUCGCGCCCGCGGUGUCCGCCGCCUACGGCGCCCUCCUCGUGGGCGGCGGCGCUUUCGCAUAUGCGCGGUCGGGGAGCAAAGGCUCCGUCCUUGGAGGGGCCUCCGGAUCUGCGCUAAUGGGCCUUACAUAUUAUCUGAUGCAGUUUUCUGAGACGAAGGCACUAGGCGAUGCUGUUGGAUUUGGGUCCGCCUUUCUGUUUGCCUCUGUGUUUGGUAUCAGGUUGUACAAUACCCGGAAGCUGGUGCCAUCCGGCCUUCUUUUAGCUCUCUCUCUAGGUGCCCUGGGAGUCUUUUAUGCUGCUUACUUACAAGACAAGGUGUGAGCUAAUUGCCAGACCAGCUCUACUUUUCUGUACUACUAACUGAAGAUGCUUCCUUCAAGGUUCCCUCUCAUAAAUGGAAAAAAUUUGGGGCCGAGCACCGACGGUCGGUGUUCCUCCCAACGUUGUAGUCUCAACAAACAGCAUUUAGUGCCCCUCUGUUUGUUGCCAAUGAUAAGCUGUGGCCAAGCUUUCAUUCGCCGAUAGCGCUGAUUGCAGCUGUUCAGGACUUG